UUGAAAAUGAAAAUAAAUAAAUCAACAAAAAUAACUGGAAAAAAUAUUAUUUUAAUUCCUUAUAAAGCGCAUCAUGUUUUAAGAUAUCACGAAUGGAUGAAAUCGGAAGAAUUACAAUUUCUUACAGCUUCGGAACCAUUAACAUUAGCCGAGGAAUACAAAAUGCAAGAAAGCUGGUGUAAAGAUGAAGAUAAAUGCACUUUUAUAAUUCUAAAUAAAUCACUAUUUGAAGAGAAUUCUAACGAAAUAGAUUCUAUGAUUGGUGAUACAAAUUUAUUUUUUAAUAAUUCGGAGAAUAAAAAUCACGCUGAAAUGGAAGUUAUGAUAGCCGAAACAAAAGAUCGGAACAAAGGAUACGGCUGGGAGGCAAUUAUGCUUAUGCUGCGAUACGGAAUCGAAAAACUAAAUGUAAAGAUUUUUUUUGUUAAAAUUUCUAUGUAUAAUGAAAAAAGUAUAAACAUAUUUACCAAGUUAGGAUUUAAAGAGAUCUCUAGAAGUGAAGUGUUUAAAGAAAUUACACUGGAGAAAGAAAUUAAUAACGAAUGGCUUGACUGGAUUAGAUCUCAAACAAUAGAAGCUACUACGGAUGAGAAUUAUGAAAAUAAUCAGUCAUAAAAUUGUAUUUACGAAGUAUAAAUAAUAAUAUUAAAAUAAGA